AUGCGUCUAAGUGAGUUUGCUGGUCUGUCAGCCGAGAGUGGACAUUUGGAGUUUGGGUCAUUUUGUAACUCAAUAGUAUUUUAAUGCUGUAUUAUGUAUUUAUAUCAUUAUAGAGAUUACUUGCGUAGAAGAGAAUUUUGCUAUAAAGGGAAGGUAAGUAGUCAUUUCGAGAAACUGUCGCCCAUUAAAUUAGUCAAUUAUGACAUAUAAGUUACCAAAACCUAUAUUCUAUAAACAAAAUUGUCAAAUGUGCGCAUCAUUUUCAAAUACUGUAACAGUUUCUAAUUCAGUUGCCAUAAGUACAAUGAACUGUAAUUUUCCACUUAAGAAAUAUGGUGAAGCUAAAAUUUUGGCAAUAAAUAGGCCAAGAAGAUUACUGUUGUUUCUAAAUCCGGAGGCAAAUGAUGGGUAUGUUGUAGAUUAUAAUAAUAAUUUUUUGAAUAAAAACAAAAUUACCUACAUGGUAUAAUAACUAUUGUAUAAAAGAUUCUAUUGACUUGAUCUGACUCGAUAUAUGUUAAUCUGAGUUCAUUCUCCUUUUUCAUGGUCAAAAGCCAUGAUUUGUUUAACAGCUAAGAAACAUUUUACCGUUGUCUGUGUAGACAGGUAAGAUCGUACUGAACAGGCAACGGAUAAACGUUAUCUAUUUAUUAACUGUUCAGUUCAUUUGCAAAUUGCAUGUGAAUUAUCUUGACUAAGCAUGUCAUAUGUAAUUUAUUAACUGUUCAGUACAUUUGCAAAUUGCAUGUGAAUUAUCUUGACUAAGCAUGUCAUAUGUAAUUUAUUAACUGUUCAGUACAUUUGCAAAUUGCAUGUGAAUUAUCUUUACUAAGCAUGUCAUAUGUAUACUUUCGACGGAUAUUGACUCUUCUUCUUUUGACGAGAUUUCGUGAAGUAUAAAGUAGAAAGAUGUUCUUACUCUUUCUUCUUCAUGGAUUUACUUCAUAAAGACAGCCUAGGUAGCCCAAAAAUCAGUGGUAUUAAAAUAAUUUCUGUUGAGGAAAAUAUACAUUUAAAGUAUUACUACUACUCAGUCCCCGACUUGAUUGUUUGCUCGCGGAUGGCGGUCAGCUUUGUGACGUGCGAUCAUGUAUGUAUGACUAUAGAUUUGACUAUAGUAUUAUUUGAUAAUAAUCAAAUAAUACUAUAGUCAAACAUACAUGAUCGCACAAAGCUGACCGCGCGUAAAUAAUGCAGUUGGGGACUGAGUAGUAGUAAUACUUUAAAUGUAUUUUAUUCAACAGAAAUUAUUUUAAUACCACUGAUUUAUGAACUGAACAUCGUAAAAUUCACGUAUCGAUACAGUUGAGUUCUUGAAGUUCACUUGAAGAAUAUCUUGAAGUUCAUAUGUGCGUAGAAAAUAUCUUGAAGUUCAUAUGUGUUUAGUAAUUAAAUUUUCCUAUUCACAAAUUUGAAUGUACAGGAAGGCCUUGAAAUCAUAUGAAAGAGAUGCGGCUCCAAUAUUACAUCUUGGAGGCGUAGAAAUUACCACAGUAAAGGUACAAUAGGUUCUAGCAGUAUUACAGUCGUGGCGAUGGAACUAUUCCUAAAAUAUUCUAUCAAUUCAUUUGCUCACAAGAACGUAAUUCAUUUGAGAUGUUUGAUCAAUUACUCUUCACAUAAUUUAUAUGAUCAUAUUUGGUCACUUCCUGCCCCUAUGAUUGGUCUUGAAAUUGCAUGCAUGCCGGCCUGCACCAAAACCAAACGUGAUUGGUGCAUUCGUACAGGAAGUUUAUCAAUUAUGUACGAAAGGUAUCAAGUUUUCAAAGAACUUAUCAAAUGAAUUAGUUCUCAGUUGUAAGCAAAUGAAUUGUAUAAUAUGUACACUUCUAUUACCACGACUGUACUAUUAGUACCUGUUAUAUUGAAUUUUAUGAUUGUAUACCGUACGUCAAAAGUGGAAAUAUUAAUAUAAGUGAUGGGGUUAGGUAAAAUACAUUUAAAGUUCAUGUUAAGGUCCAUGAUAAAUUUGAAAAAAAUUCACAAACCCAGUAUAUGCACCCUCCUCUAAACAUUCCUAACUAAUCUACUCAUUCACAUACAUCAGGAGAAGAAAAUCGCACCUAAAAUCGCGCAGCAAAAAUUGCAAGUGUAAACGGGCCUUAAGGCGGAUUUACACUGCACAACUUUCGCCAAAAACUGUUGCAUGCAACCUGCUCACAACCUGAGUUGUACUGUGUAAAUAAGCACACAACUCACUUACGACAAGUUCCGAAAUCUUCCAGUAUCUUUCUGUCCAAUUGUAUUAUGUUUUGUUUAUGCUAUACAGGGAACGUACAAAAGUCUUCAUGCAAGUCACAUCAUGCAAUCAUGCAUGUGACUUAAAUACAGCUAACUAGAUGAUAUAAAGUUUAUAAACAUGGUCUUGAUUCUUGAAGACUUGAAACAUUUCUUGAGAAGUUGACACUUCCUCUUAUACUUAAUACGGAAAGUCUAAUCCUCCAUCUCCUUUCCCUAUUCUGUUUUUUGCUGAACCUAUCAUUCCUUUCCGUAUGGUAUUCGUUCGUUAAUCUCGCUGUUCUCUCAUGUUCUUUGUUUCUUGUUUCAAUUGUUCCGAAAGGCGAUAGCCCUUGUAGAUGCGGUAUGCUGACAACUCUAUAAAUUCUUCCUUCGAUUCUCUCGAUUCUUUCAUUUCUUUCUCUUUACGCUUCAUUUACUGUCUAACCUCCCUUCUCUCAUACAAUUUACCCACAAAUACGCCCUUUAUGUUCUUAAGUUCGUCUUCCGAACAUCCAUAAUUCCAUUGUCGAAACUAAUGCACUUAAUUCAGGUACUGUCUCAACAAUUUCUCUACCUGUUGUAAUGCUUUGUUUAUUGGAAUUGACAGAUAAAGGUUGCUUACAUCAUAACUCACUCGUUUUCAAUAAGAUAUCUCGUAACCUUUUCAAAUGUUGAUCCUACCGUUGAAACUAUACCUCGUAAUGGACCUCCGUCCUUGUGUAUCUUCGGUAAAUCCGACAAUCUUGGAACAUGACAGUCGUUUGGUUUUAAUUCCUGGCUCGAUUCCUUCGACAUCUCAUUUCUUUAUACAAUCCUUUCCAUAAUUUUGUGCCAUCUCUAGAAACCUUUUCGUUCUAGUCUUUUCUUGUUUUUAUAAUACUUAGUUUUAUUUUCAAGUCAAUAAGUACUUGUUUUAUCUUAAAUUCGUUUUUGUUCUCCUCCUAACUGAUUUUCCUUUUUGUCGAUAGGCACCGUUAUACGUCCUUUGUCUGCCGGUAGAAACACUUUAUUAUCAUCGUUUAAAGCAGUUUUUCCUUUUAAUCUCUUCUCUACCGGGUGUCCCAAAAAAAAGUACUCCUGUUUGAUUCGUAAUAACUUCUAAACAAGUAAAGCUUUUAAAGAGAAAUAACUUGCAUUAAAUAGAGGAAGGAAUAACUUAGAUUUUGAUAUAUUACAGUUGUAUUUUACUUAAAAAUUCACGGAGAUAUUAAUGUUCAAAUUCGGGAGCAUAUUUUGAGAUGUGUCUAAAAUUAGCGAAAAUCGGCAUAUCAAAUAUUAACUCCAGCGUUUGUUUGCUUAAUGACAUAUCAGGCUAACUUGUAUUUCAGCGAAUUAUCGUUAGGGUUUGUCUAGGGAUAUGGCGUAGAUUUAGACAUCUUACAUGUAAGUCUUAGCUCAUUGUUUCCUGAAAUAUGAACGUUCGAAAUUAUGCAAGUAUUUAGUAAUAUUAGGUCUUUACAAACUUAAAAGUACAUGAAAGACUGACCAUGGAAGGCAGGCGCUUAAAUUUUUCUUAAAAAAGCCUAAUUUUUUUAUGUUUUUAAUGGGUUCAAACAGACUGAGUUGAUUAUUUCUCGGUUAGAGCAGGAUCAAUAUUAAUCUUUAUUGAAGGAAAUAAUAUUGCUUUUUGCAAAUACACAUCGCCGAAUCAACGCUACUAUUUUGUUACGUUUUGUUCCAAAAAUGUUGCAUGUCUCUGGGGAGUUGCUUAAUUGUUAUGUCUUAUGGAGUUAUAUGGUUUGAUUGUGUUUCAUAUAAUUCUCAGUUUACUCUGAACUUGCCAAGAUUAAGAAAAUGCAAAAGAGUUUGGGUGUUCUUAACAAGAUUUCAGAACGUUGCAGAAGUUAGAAGAGUUUCACAAUUCCAUUGUGACAGCAUGCCCUUAUUCGUAACAACGAACGAUCCAUGACGAUCCUUCGCGAUGCAGUGGUCUCAUGAAAUAAGGAAACGUAUUCGUGCUAGGAACACACGCGAAUUUCGGACGAAUAAAUCUUGCUUGUAUUUUGUAGAUAUAAUAAUACUUUCUUUCAUAAUAAACAAUUUGUCAAGUGUCAUUUAUUUACUGAUACUAGUGCAUGUUUCAGUCGGGCAAAUCUUGAUUAAUAUUUGAUACGCCGUUUUUUGCAUAUUUCAGACACAUCUAGAAAUAUGCUCCCGAUUUUAAAGAUUAAUAUCUCGUGAAUUUUGUAAGUGAAAUACAACUGUAACAUAUCAAAAUCUAAGUUAGUCCUUCCUCUAUUUGAUGCAAGUUAUUUCUCUUUAAAAGCUUUACUUGUUUAGAAGUUAUUACGAAUCAAACAGGAGUACUUUUUUUGGGGACACCCGGUAUAGUUAUAAAAUUAGAUGGAUAUCGUUAAUGUCCCGCUUUCUCCAGAAUCACUUUCACAGUUUUUGUAUAAUUAUAAUCAAUUGCCGAAACGUUGCAAUAAAAUAUUAUACCUUCAGUAUAAUAAAUAUUAUACCUUCAGUAUAAUCCAUGCAGAAUUGAGAAAGUAUAAUCCAUAUAGAAUUGAAAGAAUAUUGAAAUUGUACUUUCUUUUUAAUACUGCAUGUCAGAUUUGACUUCCACUACCGCUGCCACUACCUCUCACUACCUCCCACUGCCUUCAGUAAACAUCUGAUUGGUGGAUCGGAUAUAUCAAUUAUCAAACGCAUCUGAUUGGAUAAUGGUCCCUUAAUGGUAGCGGUAGUGGACGUCAAAUCUGAACCUCACUAAUUGUAAUGACACAACCUAACGAGUUCUUGGAAUGUAUAGCUUAUACGUUCUAAUAUUAUAUUUUAGACAGAUUAUGAGGGUCAGUGUAAAGCUCUUACUCAAUAUCUCGAUCCAAAUAUAGAUGGCAUUGUCAUUGCUGGCGGUGAUGGGACAUUUUUAGAGGUAUGUAAACUUUACAUAAAGCGAAAGAUAUUAAGGCAUAUAUAUUGGCAAAAAUACAAUACAAAAGAUGUCGUGAUGUAAUCGAUGUCUGAGCACAUUAAGAGUGCAACGAGCUAUACAAAACACUAAUUGGCACAGGCAUUUUACGGUCUGAGUACAAUUAUACUUCAUCUUAAGGGCUAGUUAUUUCGCCCGCAUGCAGAUAUAUCGUACAGUAUGUGAAUUGCUGUAAUUUAAUGCAGCUGGUGCAUGAAUAAUCUUUUAUUAUAAAAAUGAGUUCUUAAACAAUAUUAUUUUAGUCUAUCUUUUCUAUCUUCUCUGUCAGGUGCUCACUGGCCUGUUAAGACGGAAUGAUCAGGUAUGUUCGUCAGCAUUAUAUACUAUAUAUAUAGUCAAUUGACAUAUGUUCUAUAGAAAUUCUGCGAACUUCAAAAGUUCUAUAACCAUGCACAAUUCUUCUAAAUUGUUGUAAUUAAUGUUUCAACAGCAUGGUUAAACAAAGCAAUACAACAAUAUAUACAACCAAUUUUGAUAAUGAUGCCAUAAUCCGAUUGCUUCAUUAUACUAAAAGUCGUUGUUUUCACCGUGCACAGAUUUGCGUAUUAAACACAAAACAUAAAGGUAGAACAAAGACUUCAUCCGAGUUUCCAGGCCAUAUACAUUAACUAUUACAAUAUUUACUGUGCAGUAAAUUCUACACUACAUGGCUGUGAAUUAGUGCGUUAUUGAAGUGGUGAGUGUUCUUGCUGUUGCUAUUAAUAAAAAAAUAACCUGUAUUCCCUUUAAUUUAUUAUUACUCAACCUCGUAAUUGUUAUUUUUCUGAGCAAAACAUUUUUUAUAGAUUUUCUAAUUUUGCCUAGGACAAAAUUUCUAAAAUUCCUAUCGGACUAAUUCCUCUUGGCCGCGACAACCGAAGUUACAACAGUAUUGUAGAUGAUGCCCCGGAUCAAAAUGUGACGUAAGAAUUGUUUUUCUAAUUAUUUAAUUAUUAUUUUUAAUUUUAUGUUCAAGAAGCAUUUAUUUUAAAGUUUUUGAUUAAUUUUGAAGUCAUUUCGUCAAGGACCACGUUGUGACUUACGAUCACUCCUGAGUGAUCGUAAGUCGCAACGUCAUCCUUGUAUACUAAAGUGAUACUGUGAUGACGUUGGUUAUAUUUCCUCGACUUUUCUAGAAAAAUAGCGAAAUCUGCUCUAAAUAUUUUGGAUAACAGAACGAAGGAUGUUAGCGUGAUGGAAAUCACCGUAAGUCGGCUGUUAUAAGUCGGUAUGAGAACACCGCAGAAAAACGUCUGCGCAUGCACCAAAUUAUGAAAAUAUGGCGGGGAAUUUGAAUAUCAAUUUCUAAAACAAAAACAUGCUUAUUAAUUGGUCAAAAUUAGUAAAACAAACGAGAAAAUAUAGCAAAUGGGUAGACUAGACAUUAAUUGAAAGCGUCCUGGCAUUUAAAGUAUGGAAUGAAAUAUAAUUCAUGUAAAAAAUUGUUGAUUUUAACGGACACGACUUCGAAAAUUUUUGCAAAAUUAUUCAAAGCAAAAAUUCAAACUCAAAAGUUAAGAAAACUCUCGAAAAGUUAAGCUUCUUAACCCACUCAAAUUGUAGAAUAAAUCCUAAAGUUUAAUUAUUGUGAACACGAAAUUUUUUUAUAUUUAGCGACACAGUUUUUUUUAAAAGAAAUGUAUCUCAAACGAAAAUUCGAAAAUUGUCGUUGCUUAGUUGAUAAACAAAAUGUUUCGGACGAUAAAUUUGUCAACAAUCACCUUUAGUUCAUGUUCUUGUACAAUACAAUUUCUUGAACCUUCUGGCUGUAUUUAUUCCUAGUUUUUAGAAUGACAUGUUUAUUUUUGCGCUCGAAAUCUGGCUGUAAAGACGCACAAUGAAGUCACUCCUUUUUACUGCCAUUUUGAGCCUUCGGAAACGUUCGGAACAGCUUCUCAUCAAGUUUGCAAUACAAUUCCAGGUAAGGUUGACGCAUGCGCAGACGUUUUUCCGCGGUGUUGGUAUGAGGGGCUUCGGUGCAUGACGUAAUCAUCAGAGCAAGCGCCUUUCACCUCUGAGAUUGAGGGUUCGAUCUUCACAUCGGACUAAUGACACUUAUGUGAAAAGAGUCAGUCAACGCUCUACCGGAAGUCGUGGGUUUUCUCCGGGUACUCGUGGGUUUUCUCCGGGUUUCCUCCCACAGGGAAUGUUGACAGGGUGGGUUGGGAUUAUUCCCCUAACUGAUCCUUCCAUCGUAGCUGUACUCCGUGAUCAGACAUGAGUCAUUGUAAGGUGGCUGCCAGUGGAGCCCUUAGUAAGCCUUCGACUCGAUCAGGUUGAGCCGCGUUCUACGCAGUUUAGCUCUCAGCUGCCAGUAAGGAUGAUUAGCACAUCCUACUUACUUACUUACUUAUCCAUUUUUAUUGAGCUGGCGUAAAAUGUAUAUAUAAAUUUACGUAUAAAUAUAUAAUUGUAUAGACAACCGAAGGACGACCAACGUACGCUGUCAGCCAUAUAGAAUGGGGACCUUUACAGGAUGCAAAGGAAAAUAGAAGGUAUACUGUAUAUUACAAAAAAAUAUGAAGGGUAUCGAAUUUUUUCCCCUCCUUCCCUGAUUGCCCUGAAUACGUUAAACCGCCAUUGCUUUGUCUGCUUUUGCUUGUUUUAGAUACUGGUGGACUGGGCCAUUGAAACGACGUCUACCAUAUUUUCUGGCAACGUUAAAGGUGAUUACUAAGCUAAAUUAAUCUAACUUUAAUAUACUCACUGGUUAAUUCGAUCAGUUCCUAUAGAUCCAGUAGGGGCAUCCGUUACUGGUCCAGUGCAACUGCAGGGGUAGCCGACGGUAUCUAGUAGAGCUGGGAACACUAUUAGCACUCUUCUCAUAUUCUACUAAGACUAAAUUAUAAUCAGAAAACUGCAUGUUAGGGAAGCCUAGAAAUGAAAGACCCGUGUGCUUGACUGUCCCCCCUCCUCCCCCAAUAACUAUAAGCGCAUCAUUAUAACGUGACAUUGCAUGUGGUUAUGUUUGACUUCAUCAUAUACUAUAGAAAUGGCCUCCGGCAAUUUCAGCCCAUCUAUCAUAUACAUCAGCAGACUCACAGAACACUGGAAAGUGCACCUCACCACAACCUACCACGCCAUCGAACCAGUCAAAUAAACAUGAAAAAACGGAAGAAACAAAACGCUUGGAAAAAAGUAGUAUAGUCUCUCUAGUUGGACUUUUUGUGAAGUUAUUUCAAGACACGGUACGUUUGAGACACAGUUACAUUAAAUCGUGCAGUAUCCAAUCAUUUGAAUGCUUUGACCUUAUUUGAUGUAUGAGUAGUUUACAAAGUAUUUGUUUUCAUGAGUGUUGGAUAAUAUGGAAUGCGACUAUGAAAUAUACUCCAACAUGACACACCAUACUAUGUUAUAAUUUUAGAAGGAGACGUUUUUGCAGACAUCAGUAUUGUCAUCAGAUUUAAACAAACUUGACUUCAUAAGAUGUGGGUAUGUAAUCUUUAGUAAUCAAUGAACCAAACCAAAUGAAACCAAUCCAAAAUGUGAAUAAAUAUGUUUGUUGUUCGUAUAUAGUUGGAAACGUGAAAAUGAAGGAAUUCUGACCAACCGUAAGUAAACAUAUUCCGUGGUAUUUUCUUGCUUUACCUUAUCACUGUACAGUUCUUCGUUGUUUUGUUUUGCAUGCAUUGAUGGUUCUUGGGUAGUCUGUUCUCAGAAAUUGUUCAUUGAUAUUCAUGACAUUUUGCAGAAAAUAUGAAAACAACUGAAUCGACAGAAUUUGAUUUAAGACCCUUGGAUGAAGAGGUAUGUGAUGAUACGUUUUAUCUCACCAGAGCGUGAUUUCGAGGACAAGAAAAUUAGUUUAGUUAAUAAACUCGUUGCGAACGAUUGCCAUGAAUUUUCAUUAUAACGAGUAAAUUUGUCUCAUCCUCGUUUCCAGGCUCUUGAAAUCGUUUGUGGUUAGCCAGCGUAACAUUUAUACACAUUGCACUCCGCACCUUGUGUUUGGUAUAAAGCAAGUAGAAGUAUAAAUCACACCCCAUAAAGAAGAAUGAUAGGAAGUGCCGUUCUCAACAUCGCUAUAGAUAUCAGUAGACCUUUCCCCUUAUGAGUGAAAUUUUGAUCUAGAUAUGCCUGGACAACAAUUUCAUCACAGCUUGAAAGAGCAUCACAAAAUUAGUAAUAUUCCGAUGUUUCGUUGCGAAAUGUUGUAAAAUGCGGAUAAUAUAGCCUUGCGAAGUUUGCCGUUUUUCAGUCAUUUUGCAUCAGUUUGAUCAUCUGAUUAUCAAUUUCCCGUUUGUAAUACCAAAUGACGGAAAAACGGCAAACUUCGCAAGGGUAUAUUAUCCUCAUUUUACAACAUUUCGCAAUGAAACUUCGGAAUAUUACUAAUCUUGUGAUGCUCUUUCAAGCUGUGAUGAAAUUUUUGUCCAGACUUGUCUAGAUCAAAAUUUCACUCAAAAGGGGAAAGGUCUAUUGAUUAAUGAAAUGACCAUUCAGUUUACGGUGUUUUCACGGCGCGCCGCUGAAAUUCACUCUUAAAGCAAGUGUAAAAGAUUUAUUGGCAAUUAAAGGGGUCCGAUCAGACACGGAAAAAGUGUUUAAUGUUCCUCCGAUCCUGAAUUUGCCGUUUUCACUGUUCCUUGAAAGUGUGUAAAAACACUGGAAAAUUUGACUCUACAUAUGACGCUGUUAUGCACACGAUAACAAAGUAUUACAUGUCUGAAAUGACAGAUAAGGAAGUAUGAUAUGAUUCCUUAAGAUUUUCCCAUGACGUAUGUGUGAAAGUGUUUCUCAAUCUUCUUGCUAAGGCAAAUAUUCCUCAAGAUCCAAAAUGUCGAGAUCCCACUUAGGUUAACGUUCAUUAUACAUUGUCGUGUUUAUUUUUAAGACGUCUUGGUACACAAUUGAUGGCGAGAAAUUUGAAGCAAGACCAAUCCAUGUGAAGAUUCUAACGAACAAAAUUAGAGUGUUUUGUCCUCCAACUUAGAUGGAUGUUUUUAUGACAAUGUUUGGAGAUUUGGCUGCACAAGGCCUCUAAAGGUCACCAAAACUUGAAAACUUACGAACUCAAAUUACGUUACACCAUAGACAUCAAAGGGAACCCUCGAUUAUUCAGCUAUUGAAUCGGUUAUGGAAUUUCAAGGAAGUGUCGUUUGUUACGUUUAGGUUAGGGUUUUAGCACAGAGGAAGUACAUAUACAGAGGUCUCACUUCAGGUUAAUUUAGCGUAAGCCGGGGAUUUUUAUUUUUCAGUCCGCCAUGUUCUUAGCCAGUCCGGUAAAGAGAGGCCAUCACCACCCUAAAAACAUAUUUAAAUUUAAUGUUCCAGGGGGGUGAAUGCCUCUCUUUACCGGACUGGCUAAGAACAUUGCCGCCAGCUAUUUUUGUAAAAACUACCUUAACGGUUUUCCAGCAGAAGUGAGACAUCUGUAUGUACCUACUCUAUGGUAAAUAUCAGGAUUUUGGGCCCUCGAUGUGACUAAUUGUGCAAGGGUUUUGUAGAUGGAAAUUUCAAGCCCAUAGAGUAUAGUUGCAUUUUUCCGCAACUUCUCCUCGUUAGGUCUAAUAAAUGUAUAAGAUUCACACUCGAAAUUUCCAUCUACAAAACCCAAAAUCCUGAAGGUUUAGAAUGAGGGUUCGGAUUCCAGUAAGAUAGGGAUAUAGGGAUAUGUUAGGAUUCGUCUUGAUUGUCUAUGGUGUAAUUUAAUUGAUAAAAUUUUGGGGUCGGAGGUCUUAUUUUUCAAGAUACCGACUUAGGAAUGUUGGCAGUAAGGACUGUGUAUACAGUAUACUAGUUUGUCAACCGGAGAAAAUUGCUCUGAUGAGGCCCCGCAUGCUCAUUGGACCCUUUCGAAAAUUGCUUCCCAAAUUUUAUGGAACCAUAACGUUUGCCAGCGGAGCGGCUUUGUCUUCAAGUGUGAUUUCUCAGGAAGACAAAGAAAAAUUCCGCUCCGCGCGCAAAAUCCCGCCUACUGGAAAACCGGCUUGAGAAUAUUAAGGCUGGAUGGGAAAAAUGUAACGUAUACCCAAGGUCGUUCAAUUGACAUUUCAACUACAGACCCUGGCCUGGCUUGCGAGGUUGAGAACAUCUUUCAGAGGAAAGUAUGAAAUAUUAUGCUACGCUGUGAUGAAUCAAUUAGCCAUUUCCCAACGUCCUGGGUCUAGUCGCGCAAAUCUCAUGUUGAAGGGACAAGAAAUAUGGCAGCACACAUUUAAAUUAAAAGUUUAAUGUAAAAAAGAGAUAUUUCAUUUUUGGUCGUCUAAAAAGUUCAUAUUUGAUAGUAGAACGUCUACUCUUUUACAUAUUUGACGCCUGUCACCAUAUAUUUUGUCCCUCCAAACGAUCCCAGAAUGCACUGUGAUAUCUUUUGGGAAAAGGCUAAUUACAAACAACUGCAAGAGACCUUUUUGUAUAUGUGAUCUAAAGGCCGCGACAUAUGAAGAGUACCUUUUUGUGUAUGUGAUAUAAAGGCCGCGACAUAUGAAGAGUACCUUUUUGUGUAAGUGAUAUAAAGGCCGCGACAUAUGAAGAGUACCUUUUUGUGUAUGUGAUAUAAAGGCCGCGACGUAUGAAUCACGAAAACGAGGCUCUAUAGCCAAGGACACAUGCAAAGUGCAACGUCUGAAACACGCCGCACUUUGCUCGCAUUAUGCGACCGCAUUGGUCGAAUGGUUUGUUCAUCUUCAGACGACUGUACGUUUCACUGUGGAAAUGCGGCACUUGCCAACGCCCUGUCAAAAAAAAUCUACCCCGCCCAGGAAAUAUAGAAAUUUAUUAUGCAUAACUCUUGACUACUUUAUAUCAAUGACCGCGUUUGUAAAGUGGGAUUUUUUUCUGAUUUUGACAUUAGUUCCAAUUGACUACGUUUAUUGCUGAUGUUAAAUUUCGAAAUGUUACCUGUAGUUAAAAUGUGACCUUGUCACUCUGUUUCGUAUUUUACAAACUCUUCCUGUACGUGCAUUUAGCCCCUCCCAUGCAACACUGGUAAUCUAAGGGAGGGUCAGGUCAGUGUUUUUGUUUGAAUUCACAUUGAGAUUUACACUUUUGAGUUAAAGCUACAGAUAAUACAUAACAAAAAUAAUAAAUAAAUGUAUUCAAUAGCAAUAUACAGAUACAUUUUUUCUAAAAUUGAGAAAAAUACAAGUAUGUAACUUUUGUUGCAACAUUUGAAAAAAUUUGUCCACCCACCCC